AAGCGCGCCAGCGUACUGCCCUGGCUGGUGACAUCCCAAGGCCAAGCGCCAGCAGUCGCGCCAGCCAAGCAUGACCGACGCGGCGUGCCUCUCCGUCGUUUUGUCGCUGGUCUUGGUUGGUGUCAUGCCCCGCGCUGUCUCAUACUCACCAGCCAAGCACCGUGGCCGCGUGCGUCGUGGCCUUUCGUCGGUGUCUUGCCUGAGGGGCCGCCUGGUGCUUGCUAGCGCGCUUCCCGGCCUGGUGCUUAGUCUGGGUUGCUUCUUGUUGGCCACCUCGUUUCCUUGUUUGUCUUUUUUGGCUGGAGACCGGUGGGCAGGGUGUGGCAUUUGUCUUUGCCCGGAUGGGUCAGGCAGGCCCCCCGCCCCCUCGGGGUGGGCCGGCUGGAUAUAAGGCGUGGAAGAGUCGCAAGGGCGUGGCUCUGGGUGAAGGUGUCCAGGCGGCUCCGUGUUGUUCUCUUGAAACCACGGGCAGGGGGGCGCAUCUCCGCGAUUGUGCGCCAUUCGAUGUCUGUGUCGCUUACUGCUCUCUUUCCCCAGGCGUCGCGCCUGUUAUGCUUUGCUGACUAUAUGCAAGUCUUAAGUAGUGACAUUGCAGCGCGGGCUUUGGCUGUAAAAACGGCAGAGAGAGAUGUCUGAUGAAGAAUGGGAAGAGACAGUAGAAUCCCGCUACCGACAGCUGCUCAAUGUAAUCCAAGACCCCCAGGAACUUGCGAGUGAGCUGCGCCUGGCGCCUUGGGCUUGGGGCGCUUGGGCUUUCUCCAAAUUGGCCGAGAAGGCAGCUCUUGGCAAUGAAGUCGCUAGGCCGCCCAUAGUGUGGCUGCGUGGCUACAUUGCGGGUGGCGGCGGCGAGCCCUUUAAACCACCUAAAUGGCGUAUUGUCGUCGCGCAGAAGCGUUUCGAGACGAACCUUGGAGAGUGGGUCGGUGAAGCGCGUCGGCGUCCAGAUAGAGGAGACCAGGUUGUCAACGCGAUGAAAAGCGCCGCGGAAUCGGUGCGGAACUAUCACGAGAUGGGAAAGGCGCAUAGAAUGAUCCACCCAGAGAACAUGCUGGCUCACAUAGUAGACGAGAAUACCCGCAUCGCGGAGUUUGUUCUGGGCAACUUGAUGGGUAUUGUAGAACAAGCUGAAAACAGGUUCGGCCCAUUGCAGGGGGAGACGACGGGGCCCAAGUGUGAAGACGAAGAUGCAAUGCGCCGCCGCUGGUUUGACGCGAUUAGAGGAAAGAAAUUCUGGGCCACCGUUGGGAGGACGUACACGUAUGCCUGCAAAAACUACUACAGCGCAUACCCAUCGGCCGUCGACUUCUACUUCGCGAUGAGUGGGGCUAGGAACGAGGAGGCGGGGCCGUUAGAGUAUAUUGAUCCGGCAGCUGUGACGCGGUUUAAUGACCCUAGAGUCGACACCACCAGACCGAAACUCAGUUACGUGACUUAUCAGCAGUCUGACGUAUGGUCCGUCGGCGUCAUGAUUCUUAAGAUGCUGAAGCAAUUCCUUACAGGAGGAAAGUACGACAAGGACGCAGCAAAGACUUAUGAUCUUUUGGUCUAGAUUUAAUGAAAAAGGGCCAGCUGAAUGAUUAAAGAAACUGAUGGCCGCAUUUCUAUUGCCGGACUUUUUGGUGCGUUCCGCUGCUUUUUAAAUCGUUGCCCUGCGAAUGUAUGUCGGCUUUCACCUUUUUGCAUCCUGAUCCUGAUCCUGAAGGAGUGCAUCCUGAUCCUGAAGGAGUGCAUCCUGAUCCCCAAGGAGUAGCCGACCAACCUAGUACAUCUUGCUUUUCCCUCGUCUUACUCCUUUCAGCCGAAGUUUCAACUUGUUGCUUAAUGAGUCGAAUUAUGAUUCUUCGCCAUCUUUCGCUUUGUUGUUCGUCAUUGAUAUUAUAACUCUUCAUCAAGAUCGACACCCCAAGAAGUAGUGGCACUGGAACAAGUCAUACUCAAUGUAGCGCCAGCAGUCAUACUCAAGGUAGCGCCAGCAGUUGCCCUAAGCCCGUCGCGUGGGUUCCAAACAGUCACGUCGCAUGAUCAUUAUUCUUUGAGGCCUUUGAGAUCGACGAAAGCUCUAACGCAUCAUAGAAGCCGUCGACAAAGCACUGGCGGACGAGCUGCGCGCUUCUAAGGUGAGUGUGUCCGAGGACGUACAGGAAAGUGGAGGGACGACGGAGAACGACAAGGAGAAGCAGAUGUUGAAGGAGCAGAUGUUGAAGGAGUGGGCGAAGAAGAGUAAGUGCGUGACACGGUGGGGAGACUAUGGGCGCAAUCUACGCGAUAGACGACAUCACUCACUUCUUGACGACAAGCUGAGCGCAGCGCUGGGCUCCACCAGUCAAAAAUCUCGAGGUUUUUUCUCAGGGUGGAAAGCAGAAAAAGCGUCCAGCGAGAAAGGCAAGGCACUCGCCACUUUCUUGCGCGAUGGCCUGCUGCGUUACUCACUGACAUGCAAUCAACACAGCAGGGACCUGACUAAGCUGAUAGAUGCGCUGGAAACGUUGGCCAAGGCGUGGGGAAAAGCUGACUCGGACAACCAGCCAAGAGCCACGGCACCAGCUUUCCUGGAACGAUCUGCGACAGCUUUCGACAGCGAAGUAGUUUCUGCGCCUGCAGCUCCUGCGCCUAUCGAUACUGAAGGAGCGGCUGCGCACCCUUCGCCGAGGUUUCGAGCCUCUAGAGCCAGGGACUUUGCGUUCGGCGCAGAGGAAGCCGCCGUCAGUACGGGCACGACAACGUCGGAGCAGCUCACCGGUCGUCGUGACUUUCUCUCCGCUCAACACAGCCAAGAGUCGACAGUCCACGCAGAUGAGGAGGCCCUUGCAGUCAAGGCCAUCACAAAUUGCUGCUGACCCCCGAUUGGCUCGAUAGAAUAGUAUGGGCCGUAGUCGUGGGUGUGGGGUGAAGAAAGCUGUCAUCUUGGUAGUUGUACAAUAACUCAACCGCGAGAAGGGUAGUUCUUACCACGGCUAGAUAGAUGCAGUGAAAAAAUAUAUAUAGUGAAGAAGUUCAAGUUGCACCUAGAAGAAGCAGACGCCGCUAUCAUAAUUAGCGACUUUCGCACGAAGAUGAGAGCUCAUGCUGUCACUCGGAUACUAUUUGUUGUAGCCAUAUUGGAGUCGUAGUCAGAAAUAGUAAGAGGAUGAGAAUGCUUAUGCAUAUGGCCUACUGAAAAUUCAGCAACUUUCUCGGACAAAAGCGCGCAUAUGCUUGAUGAUACAAACACUAACAAAAGAUAGAAUAACAAAAGACAGAAAUGGUUACAAACAUUAACAACG